AGUAUUUUAGCAGAAAGUAAAUAUAAAAAUACAACGAUAUGUCUUCCUGUGAUCGAAAAAGUAAAACUGCUCAAAUAGUCUUUUCGUUUAAAUGAAAAUGCUAAAUGCAUAUUUGCAACGUUUAUAAGUAUUGGCUGAUAGAGGUGCUGGUGUGUUUGGGGAAUAUCCCGUUAAUUUCUCUUGUGUCAUUACUUUAGUCGAAACUUCCGUUUAAAUGACAAUCUAAUCAAUAAAUUGACUGAUACGGCCAGAGGCAGGAGAAGGGAAAACAAAUUGCUCAGUGUUUCUAGCCGACAGCAAAUAGUGCUGCGCCGGGUGUAACCAACUAGCGUUAGCUAUCAUAGCAUGAGAUGUAGCUAGUUAGCUUUAAUCGUACGCAGCUGUAGAAUGAAGACCGUACAUUCGACUAUUAGAGAGCAUAAGUGAGAUGUGUUGGAGUGAUAUUAAUGUACAAAUAUUGCAUGAUUUUAACCAGUGUCCUGGGUUUGUUAGAGUUUUAGGGUAGAUCUUCACCCUCGGUUAGCCUGUUAGCUGUUAGCUCCUGCAUCUGAUCACAGUGGCGUAUGGGUGUCAAAGUUAGCAGUGACUUCACCGGUGUCUGAUUGCCUGGCUCUACAUUUUGGACACGUCAAGUGUUAUCAGUUGGGUCCUUCAAUUCGGGGGCUGCAAUGUCCGAUUCCAAAGCCCCCACUCCAACUCCUGCUGGUGACACAUACAAAGGAUGGGUUUUCAAGUGGACAAAUUACAUCAAGGGUUAUCAGAGGAGGUGGUUUGUCCUGAGCAAUGGCUUGUUAUCAUACUACAGGACCCAGGCGGAGAUGGGGCACACAUGUCGGGGUACAAUCAAUCUCGCUACAGCAACAAUAACUGUGGAUGAUGCCUGUAACUUUGUCAUCUCCAAUGGAGGCGCUCAAACGUACCAUCUCAAAGCCUCCUGUGAGGUGGAGCGGCAAAGAUGGAUCACAGCGCUGGAGCUGGCCAAAGCCAAGGCAGCACGUAUGCAGCAAGAGUCUGAUGAUUCUGGGGAUGACUUUCCCCCGUCCUCUCACCCAGCGCUGUCUGGACAGGGAGGAGGCUCACAGAACUCCGAGGUGCAGUCGGCGCUAAGGACACUGGGAAGCAAAGUGGAGGAUCUGAGCACCUGCAAUGACCUGAUUUCAAAGCACGGUUCUGCCCUCCAGAGAUCAUUAUCAGAACUCGAUAGUUUGCGUUUGACUGGAGAAGCAGGAGACAAGAUUCGGCAGGUGACAGAAAGGGCAACACUGUUUCGAAUCACCUCAAAUGCAAUGAUUAAUGCAUGCAGAGACUUCCUUUCACUCGCACAGGCUCACAGCAAACGGUGGCAGAAGGCACUACAAGCCGAGCGGGAACAGCGCGUGAGGCUGGAGGAGACCCUGGAGACAUUGGCAAAGCAACAUAAUCAUUUAGAGCGUGCAUUCAGAGGAGCAGCACAGGCCAAUGCAGCUGCAGACAGUAAAAGUUCAGCUGGACCUGGGCCAGGAAAAGGUGAAGCCAGUGAUGAGGAUGAUGAUAAUGAGUUUUUCGACGCCAUGGAGGAAGCACCGGAGUUUAUUACUGUACCCGCCGACCCCCACUUCCACAAAAGAUCAAGCAGCACAGCAAGCGGAUUCAACAGUGAAAUGGGUGGAGAUGAUCAGUCGCUUAACGAGGAGCCUCUAACGAUGAGCCAGGAGCCAUCACAGGAGCUGGUGCCUCUGAAGAAGAGAAGGACACGCAUCCCCGACAAACCAAACUAUUCUCUUAACCUCUGGAGCAUUAUGAAAAACUGCAUUGGCAAAGAGCUAUCAAAAAUUCCCAUGCCUGUGAAUUUCAAUGAGCCAAUUUCCAUGUUGCAACGGUUGUCAGAGGAUCUUGAAUAUUACGAAUUGCUGGAUAAAGCAGCAAAGUGCCACAGCUCCUUGGAGCAGUUGUGCUACGUAGCGGCCUUCUCCGUGUCCUCAUACUCGACAACAGUUCACCGCACAGGAAAGCCCUUCAACCCCCUGCUGGGAGAGACCUACGAGCUGGACCGUAGGAGAGAAUAUGGCUACCGGUCUCUUUGUGAACAGGUGAGCCACCACCCACCUGCAGCUGCUCAUCAUGCCAUUUCUGAUCGUGGAUGGACACUGAGGCAGGAAAUUACAGUGGCCAGCAAGUUCAGGGGCAAAUAUCUCUCCAUUAUGCCAUUAGGAACUAUUCAUGCGAUAUUUGAAAAAGGCAACAAUCACUACACAUGGAAAAAAGUAACAACUACAGUGCAUAACAUUAUUGUAGGAAAACUGUGGAUCGAUCAGUCUGGAGAAAUUGACGUUGUAAAUCACACAACUGGAGACCGUUGCCAUCUCAAGUUUGCUCCUUAUAGCUACUUCUCCAGAGAUGUGGCCAGAAAGGUAACUGGGGUGGUGAUGGACAAAGACGGAAAGGCUCACUACGUGCUGUCUGGGACCUGGGACGAGAAGAUGGAGUUUUCCAGAGUGAUGCAGAGCAGCCGUGGGGGAGAGAAUGGUGCUGAGGGCAAACAGAAGACCGUCUACCAAACUCUGAAAGCUCGUGAAAUUUGGAGGAGAAACCCAUUACCUGAGGGUGCAGAGACCAUGUACUACUUCACUUUAUUGGCACUCACUCUGAACGAGAUGGAGGACGGAGUGGCUCCUACCGACAGCAGACGCCGCCCCGACCAGCGUCUGAUGGAAGAUGGCCGCUGGGAUGAGGCCAACUCCGAGAAACAGAGACUGGAGGAGAAACAGCGCAGUGCCCGCCGCGAAAGAGAGAGGGAGGCGGUGAGCCAGCGCACAGCCAGCCAAUCCGAUGAGGGGGAGCCUAUCGAUGAGGACAUAUUAAAUGAUUCAUCUUUAAAAUACGCCCCUCACGACAACUACAAGGCACUUUGGUUUGAGCGAUGCGAUGAUCCCAUUAACGGUGAGCCAGUUCACAUCUACAAAGGAGGCUACUGGGAGGCGAAGGAGCGAAGCAGCUGGGAGGGAUGCCCUGAUAUAUUUUGACCUAAGUCACAUUACGCUAAGUGCCCACAAGAGACUGGACAUCGAAGCUACAAUAGAGCUUCCUGGGGCGGCCAUCUUAAAGCCAGGGCCCCAUCACUGCUGGUCCAUCCACACAAAAUAAACCAACUGGCUACUGUAACUCCAAGCCUUUCCCCUCUCUGUCCCAUACUCUUCCACAGUGUCUUACUCUCCACCUCCUUUUGCUGCUGCACAUCAGAGAAUCGGACUGUUUUAGGCGAGAUUGCGAUUUCAAACUCUUUCUUGGGUUUUGCUCACAUUUUCCAGAUGAAGAGUGGAACUGUGUCUUUUUCCACUGUUGUGAGUCUGUGUAUCGACCCUCACAUCAUGUUUGUUCUUAUGUUGAUAAUAAUUAUUUUAUGAUAAAUGGAUUUAUAUUUUAAUUCUAUAUCUAGUGUAGAGUCCCACUUCAGUUAAAGAGAUUAUGUUGGAAGUCAUUAACAUUCAAAAAACAUGCACAGAAUGAAAUAUUAAGUGCACUUUUAAUUGUAUUCAAGUUACAAAUUUAUGUUUUUUGGAAGGUGAAUAUCGGCUUCUAUUAACUAUAGACCAAAAUAUUAAUUUAAAUGGGGAUGCACCAAUCCAGCUUUUCAGUUCUGAUACCGAUAUUGAUACUUUGACUACUUUGACUACUUUAAAUCUGCCAAUACUCAAUAUUAAUCGAUACCAGUGUAUCCCUACACUGGUAUCGAUCGAUAAGAAAAUGUCACUUAUUUUCUUGAAACACAGUUAACAUAUUACACAAAUGAUCCAACUGUUUUAUGUGACUGUUAUUUAUGUUUCAAAUAACGUCUCAACAGCUUUAUAUGAAUUAAAGAUCAAACAUUAUUAUUAUGUUCUAAGCCAAAAUCCGCCUGUAAAUAGUCUACAUCCAGUUAAAGGCCCAAACAGGAUAUCUGCUUUACCAGUAUCAUGGAACUCAUAUCUGAACCAUGUUUUCAGUAUUGGUACUGAUUUUCAAUACCAGUAUCCAAAACAGUGCAUCCCCAAAUUCAAAAUGGAUAUUUCACUGUGUGCGUAAACUUCUGUAAUGCUGUAUAUUGACAUUUCCAUUAUGUAGUUCUUUGUAUAAAUCUCUUUCUUUAUGUGGGACACUAUUCUAAUAACACAUGCAAUUGUCAGCCAGUGGCCUUCAAGACAUUAGCAAAUAUGUAAUGCUGAUUUUUGAUUUUGUGUCUUAAUUUAAUGAACUGCAGGUUGGACAGGUAUGAAGCAUAUCUGCGCUUCCAUAACCGUACAAUUUGAGUUGGGUGUGUUUUUUUUUUUUUUUUUUUUUAUGUUUUCCAACUGGUUGACCAUGUUUGUUUUAUUAUAUUAUACUUUCUUUUAUCAAGGCCUCGAAAAAAAGGAAAUUACUAUGAUGAAAUAUGUUGUUUUUAAUCCUGGUAGCCUUUUCUUUGCCUUGGCAACGAGAAAGAUGCAAAGGCUGUUUUAUUUGACAUCACAAAUGUACAGUGUGAAGAAAAAGAAAUACUCACAUUAGUGCAAUUUUUAGACACUUAACUCUUCAUUAACUGCUGGGAGAGUUGACCCUUUUGUGAAAUAAUCAUUCAGGCUUUUACAGUUUCAUGGGAUUCCUGGUGAGAUUUUGGUGUUUCGUGAUACACAAGAAAUUCAGCAUUCACUAACAUGCAAAAUCAUUGUCACACCACAGUAAAUUUUGAGUUAUGCAAGUACAUUUUGACACCAAAAAGCAGGAGUGGGUGAGUGUGUGUGUGUCAGACUUUUGUUUGUAAGUGUACUUAAAAUGAAGAAUAAAUAAAAAAUUUAAGAACAUUGUAGAUAAGUAUGGAUUAUGCAUAGAAUUGUGUAUUAUAUUUUACUCUCAGGUCAUUCUUUGAGUUAAAAAGGGACAUGCAGUACCUACCAACUUGAUUAUAAUAAAAGAGAUUGUUGUCUGAA